AUGCACAUCCCAUGGUCCCUGCUCACAGCAGCCACGCUGCUCGCGCCCCGCGCGCUGGGCACCCGCACCAGCCCCAACCCUGGACCCAAGAACACAACGCAAUACAGCGUCCAGGAGCUCUGGACCCUGGAAAGGACCUUCUGGGAUAACUUCCUCUACCCGGCCAACCUGGUGCAGACGAAAGCCAUCAACUCGACCCUCUUCGCUCCUGACAUCCAAGGCCGCGUCGACAUAACGCGCGUCUUCAACGGCUCGACCCUAAACACAGAGUACCUAUUCGGCCUCUUCAGCGACCCAACGCACCUAAGCCUCGUCGGCGUGCCCGUCUCCUACAGCAUCACGCAGUUCACCGCCGCGCCGAACACCAACCUCGCCUCCGCGACCACAGUAGUAACCUUCAACGCGACCUCGUUCGGCAACCUGCUGCUGCCCGUCACAAUCGACACGUGGAUCAUGUGGAACGCGGCGGGGCAGAUCGAGCAGUACGACGCGACGUUCCGGUGGUUCGGGUUCCUGGUGGACACGCUGGUGGGGGCGCUGGCGCAGCAGACCAACGCGACGACGACCGCCGCCACCGCGUACCUGACGCAGCUCCUGGCGAACCAGAUCUGCGCGACGCACGACCGCUACUGCACGGGCGCGAACCAGCAGUACGCCGACACGGCCGCGUGCUACGCGUUCCUGACGCAGAGCAUCCCCCUCGGCAAGGACUACGAGCUCGGCCGCAAUACCCUGCUGUGCCGCGAGGUGCACGAGCACAUGGUGCAGUACGACCCCGCCGUGCACUGUCCGCACAUCGGGCCGACCGGGGGCGAGUACUGCGUGAAUGAUCAGACGUACGCGCAGAAGGUGCUGCAGACGUAUUUCCGGAAGUCGUGGGUGAUCCCUGAGGUGGGCGGGGAGGCGGGGGAUGUUUGGUUGUAA